AUGCACACAGGUCUUGGAGAGCCCAAGAUCGUGGUUUGCGGCGUGAUGGCGUUCACAGGGGGAAUCUGGAGGUUGGCGAUUCGUGCCACUGUGAUUUCUCCUCUCGUCAGCGAUCUCUUCCCCGCCUCCUCUGCCUGCAUUCAGAUCGCGGCUGGUGCCGUCGCCGUCCUCCUCGCCUACUUCAGAUGCCGUGGGGAAAUCAAGAAGGUCAAAUGCAUGCUAGUCACUUAUUCCAUCUUCCUAUUAUUGCUGUCCAUCGUAUUGUUCGUGAUCGGACCCUUGGGCUUCGCGUUUCGAGAGGAAGUUGAAGAAUCCAUCGAUAAGGCCAUGAGAAAAACCCUUUUUGAGUACGAUGACCGGAAAGAAAAUUCCGUCAGGCUUGCCUGGGAUCAUGCACAGGAGAAGGUAUGUGGCUUGGUGGUGUUGGCAGGGGGAAUCUGGAAAGCGGCGUCCCACGUGGUUUCUCCUCUCGUCAGCGAUCUCUUCCCCGCCUCCGCCUACAUUCAGAUCGCAGCCGGUGCCGUCGUCGUCCUCCUCGCCUUCUUAGGAUUCUGUGGGGAAAUCAAGAAGGUCAAAUGCAUGCUAGUCACUUAUUCCGUCCUUCUCUCUCUGCUGUUCAUCGUGUUGUUCCUGGUCGGAAUCUUGGGCUUCGCGUUCCGAGACGAGGUCGUGGAUUCCAUCGAUGUGGCUAUGAGAAAAGCCCUAAUUGAGUACGAUGACCGGAAACAAGAUUCCGUCAGGCUUGGCUGGGAUCAUGCACAGAAGAAGUUGAGGUGUUGUGGCAUCGAGAUGGCUGAAGAGUGGCAGGGCAAUCAUCAUCUUAAUGGCCGAUACCCAAAAAGCUGCUGUCGUUUCGCCCCGGAAGGAGAUAUGUUGCUUUGUGAAUACAACGUGGCCUACACGUGGAGUGAGGGAUGUCGGACCAAAUUGGAGACUUACAUUCGGAAUCACGGCGCUAUUCUAACAGGCAUCGGGAUCUGGAGUGUUCUCCUUACAGUUCGUUAA